AUGUCGAACGUCAGGUUACCAGGCGUUAUGCUGAGCACGUCGAUGGUAUUUCUGUGUGUAUUCCUCUCCGCUCAUUUUGUAACCAUGACAUCCAUGGUUUUCGUGAGGAGUAGUACUUCAUGUUGUGCGAUUUCGAUUCUCAUCUUGUUGGUAUGGAUGUUGUUCGGUGGAGGAUUACUUCGGUCCCUUGCAACAACUCCUUUUGACGGACCAGCAAAUAUGUUCUGUGUUAACCCGAUUCGAUAUGCAAAUUUCGUUCUGGCUUUGAAAAUCUCUUCUGAACUUCCCAUUUAUUCAUGUGUUAGAAAAGAGGGGAAUGAAAUCGAAUCAACUGCUGUGGAGAAGUUUUGCAGAUGGACGAACAGUACAAAAUAUUUCGAAGAGGCAUAUCCGUCGUCGGUGCAGUCUCUCGAUUACUGGAUCAACAUGCUUAUUUUGGCAGGAAUAGUUUUCGUCCUUUUACUGGUCACCUUGGCCAUCCACGCAAUUCCACAAUCUCGACUAGUUGUUGAUAAAUUCAGAUUUACAAACUGA